UACAACAGCGAGUUCCACGUUUCAUCAGCAAAUGCAUCAUUAAUUCUUCUGGUUCGGGUGCUCAUAUAUGCUUUUAGUUUUGCAGUGUAUGCUACUACUUUUCACCCCAUAUAGCGCGCCCUGCUUAUGUGGCCCGAGGUUCACUCAGCAGUUCCGGAUAUAUGAUAUAUUUCUGUGUUAAUGGCCGACGCCAUUUUGAUCGGGAGUGACAUUGUACACUGUGACAAAAGCGUUAAGGUUGGUCUUGUGAGUGCCGGUAAAACGUGUGUUAACGGAAUUACAUUUACAAAAUACUAGAGGUUCUAAAAAUGGGGUGUCUAAUUCUUCCAAUUGGUAAAUUUAUUAUUCAGUUGCUCCAAGCGAUCUGCGCAUUAUCGCAGUCAGAACUGAGUUGCAACGUCGAGAGAGCACAGGGAGUUGGAAAGUGAGUCUAGCCUACUUGUGCGGGAGUCGAACAAUACCCUUCGUCGGUUGGGGCCCAACUGCUAUCUUUCUGUGGUGAAUCUACUCUUCCCGAUGUCCGCGUCACGCGUAUCGGACCUCUCAAAGUAUAAAUGCGUCGCUGGAACACGUGUGAUGCAGUAAACAACAGUGAUUUCAUGUUAAUAUGGCAAAAAUUCUCAACAAGGAUCCAGUCACAUACCAACGGGAACGUGAUGGUUUUAUACGAGACUUAAAGCACUUCCACGAAACCCGUGGGACACCAUUUCGGAAAGUCCCCCAGAUAAAUGGCCGUGAAAUAGACCUCUAUCUCCUAUAUGUCCUCGUCACUGCCCAUGGAGGAUGGGUGAAGGUGAACAGUCGGAAUGAGUGGGAGUCGCUGGUGGAACACUUCUCCCUGCCCAAACAAUGCGCCAACUGCGGAGUGGGGCUUAAGCAGAUCUACCUCAGGCAUCUCGACCGAUACGAGAAGGUUCACUACUUGGGCGAGGACGUGGAACGAGGUAGUGAUGACGACGAAGAGACCCGACACCGACGUUGGUCCGCCCGGGCCCUGCACUGUGUACCCCUCACCUACAAUCACCAUCAGCACAACGUUGCAGAUGCUCUCCGUUCAUACAAUGGGCUGUCAGCAGACCUGUAUAGAGCAUCGGAUUAUGAUCGCUUGGCACUGUCUCUGGUGUCACCACUACCAAAUGAGCAGGAUUUUGCACUCAAUGUGUGUACACUUUUGUCCAAUGAGGGCAAACACACCCUUAAAUUGGACAAGUACCCACGUCUCAUUGAUUUCUUACUGGCUCAUGCUGGCGUCUUCAACCAUUCAUCAACGCGAGACUUAUUUGAAGAGGUAUACAGGAAUCUGCGGAAACACUCUCUGAAACAUUUUUGGCCAGAUGCGCUGGCAGAUUUAGACCUGUGUGACUUGGCAGAUGAAACUCUGUUCCCCACAAAAAAACCCAAGGUGAAGGAAGUGGUAUGUGAAGCUGAUGGUAACGCGGGAUUGGCUGCUGCCAACUCUAUCAGUGACAGACCAUCACGAAGUAGUAGUAGGUGCAGCGAUGGACUUGAAAUUAAAACUGGUAGUUAUAGUGAUAUUAUGGAGAAGAUGGACAUGGAACUCUUGCCUGGCAUAGUUGAUGGGGAGAGAGAGGGAAUGGUGGACAGUGCUACAAGCAUGGAGGUAGAUGUUUCAGAUUUGUUCGACGAUGUGUGCGCUGAAGAAUCUGUGGAGGGGACUGAAACGUCAAGGCACGAGUUCUACGAAGAGGGAGAAGAUGGACUUUUGGCUGACGUGGAUGCAAAUGAUAAAAUGUCUGAGAGCAGGCUCAAGGUUCCAUUGAAGAUAGAGCCCUCAGAUUUGGAAUUAUUCUGUUUGGGAAGAUCGUUUGGGACGCAAGAUUAUGUCGGUCAGAGAGUGCUUCAAGUGGCGACAAUCCUUCGCAACUUAAGUUUUGGAGAGGAGAAUGUGGUCACUUUGGCUCGCAGCGGGCCAUUUCUGCGUUUCUUGCUGCUGUGUGCUGGCUCACGAUGGAAUUCUCUACACCAGCUGGGACUGGACAUGCUAGGCAAUGUUGCCCACGAGGUGUUGAUGGAGGAUCCCGGCACAGAUCGUCUGGCCGCGUGUAUGCUGAGCUCAGUGUCUCGUGGCCUGCACUCCCAGGAUCGGCUUGUCAUCCUGUCGUGCCUUGAGGUGCUUAAUAAGUUGAGUCAGAAGGAUGAGAAUGAGGAUAUAAUGUUGCGGUACCUAGACCAACAUGUCUAUGACCAGGUGUGCACGUUCCUCACACUUCACGACAUCAUGCUUCUCAUCUACACUCUCGAGUGCCUGUACUCACUCUCGUCGCUGGGUGAGCGUGCCUGCAAUUGUAUCGUGCGGGUACAUGGUGCCAUUGAUACACUGGUAUCACUCAUCACAGUUGAGGCACAAAGCUAUGGGCCAAAGGCUUGCAUCCUAAUGCGUGUGGUUGAGACCGUGUCUGGAACACAAGCAGGUUCCACAACAACCACUAACACAACAUCUACUGCCAUGGCUGCUGGGACUCAAAACCCUAACCCUCCUGCACCCAUCGUAUCAACUCCUGUGCGUCCUCCAGCUGCCACCACUCCUCAGCGACAGUCAACACCCCAGAGAGUGGUGAUAGGUGCCCCGCAGCCAGCAGUAGCUACGCCAGUGUCGUUGACGACGGCACAGACGCCCCAGCAGUAUCAGCAGCAACAGCAUGCUCACCAGCAAGCUGCGCAGGAGAAUGAGCAGUUUGCUCUGGCAUGGUUACGUGCAACCUUUGAACCAGCCACUGGCUGCCGCAUCGAGCAGGCAGAGCUGUAUAAGCAGUAUCUGAAUGCGUGUGCUAAGAUUGGUCGCCGAGGUGUCAUCGCUCCUCUUCAUUUUCCUCGCUGUGUCAGGUCUGUCUUUGGAGGCACCAUCGGGCCCAACCCUCAGAAGCAGCCGGGCGGUAUGGCUGUCAGUGGGAGUGCGGAGCAGCCGGGAACCAACAGCCUGAUGUUCUACGAGGGUAUAAAGGUGCGAGCAAAUCCAUUCUCAGUCCCUGUAUCAGUGUCCGGUACCAUUCAGCAGCCGCCAUCACCCCAGCCAGUGCAGCAGUCGCCUUCACCGACAAUGCCUGUACAGCGCAAGGGUCUUAAUAUUGUUACCAAGACAGUGACCCCUCCCCCACCUACCACAUCUCCAGCUCCCCAAGCCAUAUCUGAUAGUUCUGCCAGUUCGGGUGAUGCCUCACUGCCUGUUGCUCCUGCGCCCGCCUCCCCCAUCCUCAAAGCUCAGUUGAGUGCUCCACCGAAACAAAGGGAGACUCCAAAAGGGGAUGCAAAGAGUCAGGUGUUGGCUCAUCCCCACUUGACCCAAGCCCUGUUGGGAAGCAGUGGGGGAUCCCCAAAUUCUGCUACUGGUGGUAAGGCGUUGCCGGGGUCCAAUAAAGAAGUGGCAGGGGGUGGCCCUCCCACAUCACUCAUCAAGAGCCUUCUGGCUACCAAGGUAAACGCUGCCGGCAGUGAGUGCAUGAUGCCCCAGCCUGCUACUGUAGCAGCGAGUAGCAUGAUGCCUGAAGCGUGCUCUACUACCACUACUACUGAAUCCACAUCCACCAAGCAGCCGCCCCCAGCACCGCAGGUCACACAGCGCCAACAGCAGCAACGACUCUUGCAGCAGCAGUUACAGUCGCAGAAGAUGGAUUCAUCUUCACCGCCACCACUACUUCCACCCUCUACAUCAAACAGUGUUCAAGGCAAGGGAGUGGGAAACAUAACCUCCAAGAGCAAACCUUCUGCUGCUGCUGCUGCUGGAGUAGCAACAACCACCACUACAACGGUGAAGAGUCCUGAUCCUCGUCAGAGAGUGUCACGCAUCAAUGGAGCAAGGACACCUCUUCAGGUGCAGUCUCAGACGACGCCAUUGCAGGCCCAGACACAAACACAGGCACAGUUGGAACCAUUAAGGGAUGCAGCUGGAGAGAACAGCAGUAAUGGCUCCUGCUCCAUGGCCUCUAGCAUCAUAACCACUGCUACUCAGUGUGUUGUAAAUCCAGGAGUCAUUACUCAAAUACCAACUAGAGUGAUUACAGAAAAUCAUGUCCCUUCUCCAGCCCUGGCCAUUGGAGGUGGAAAUCUUGCUCUGAGGGGUCGCCGAGAGCCUCCCCAGCCUCCACCUCCUCCAUUAGCCCCUCUCAGCAACUCUUGUCUGCCCUCCAGAUUAGAUGUUGAGGAUUCUGACUCAACAGGUAACAAUUCUCUCGCGUCAAGUAGUAGAGAUUGCAGUGGAAUAUGUACGGGCAAUAUCUCGUCUACAGAUGAUGGAGAUAAUUCUCUUACAAGUUUUGAAGGCCUCUUGCUUAAUGGCAUUCCUCAUUCACUCGAUAUUGAUGCUGCAUCAAAUGACAGCAGCUCAAAGGAUUCGGCACGGAGCUCCUCACAACAGCAAAAUCCUAAACCUGCAGGAACUAAGAGCCUUAUGUUGGCAGACUUGCUGGAGAAGAAAGUAGACAAAAAGGAGCCUCCAAUACUGAACGGUGUGCUUGGAAAAGAACUUCGUAUUGGUGAGAAGGGUUUGGAACUUGUGGAAAAUCAUCUUGAGAAAGUGCUGAAAGAAAGUUCCAUCACACAGACAAAAUCAGUUGAUGUUAAGGAAACCUCAAAGAAUGUAGGAGGUAUUAGUGAUAAUUGUAGUGAGUCCAUUGGUGUGGUUAGGACAGUAGGACAAGUUUCUAACAAUUUGGCAGGUGUUCCCAACAAUGAAAAAGGAAAUACUGCAUUUAAGACAGUAGGUAUUGGCACAACUGAUGAGCCCCUCAUGGGUAACUCUGUUGUGGCCCCGAAUGAACAAGUGAAGUAUGGGGUAAUGACUCAGCAGACACAGACUGUUCAAACAUUGAAACGGCCAGCUGCCGAGAGUCUCGGAGCUGAGGAUGGAGUCUCAGAAGCGAAACGGCCACACCUGUCCCCAGAGUCUGUGAUGAAUGGGACAUCCUCCCCGGGGCCUAUCUCAGCAGGCAUAGAACAAAACCCAGGACCCCUGUCACCAGGUUCAACAGACAAAUCUACAUCAUCAAGUGCAUCAGCUGAUAAUACAGAAGCUGUAAACGCAUCUCCAUCAGCAGCAAACUUGUAUGCAGCACUAGCUGCCUCUGCAUUGGAAGAUGAGCCAGAACUUGAGUUGCCACCACCUCCACCAACGCAAGUGCUGGUACAAAGUGCUAGUGGUUUACGGCAAGCCGUGUUUCUGGGCCAGGGUGUUGAGUCUGGCCCGCAGCAGCAGCUGAUUGUGACAGCAGCACCAAGGCAGAUCAUUGUAUCCCAGGGACAGCUAGCCCCGCAGGGACAGGUACUAAUCACAGCAGGAGGUCAGCUCACUCUACAGCAGGGACCCAAUGCAGCCACAGCCACCAUAAAGACCCCAACAGGCCACCAGGCAGUGCCUGUUCUGGUCCAGACAGGAGGUAGUGCAGCACAAAGGACGCAGAUAUCUGCAGUGACUCAUUCGCAGGGAGCACAGCUGAUGCAGGCUGGCCAAGUGGUACUUUCUCAGUCAAGUUCUGGCCAGUUUAUCCUCUCUCAGGCCCCAGCACAAGGACAGGUCCAGUUGGUCCAGACAAGCAGUGGUCAGGGAGGCCAGUACAUUGUGUCUACAAGUAGCAGUUCUGGCCAGGCUCAUUAUGUGGUUGCACAACCCCAGACUGCACUGGUACAGGGUCAGACACAGACAGUUCUGGUGGCACAGACACCUCAGCAGCAGGGUACAGGCACGAAGACAAUCAUCAUCCUACAGCCCCAGAGUUCUUCAUCUGCCACUCACCACCAGAAGGUGGUUGUGACACCACAGGGUCAACCUGUUGUUGUGACGCAGGUUCCGCGGCCUAUCCUUCAGAGUCCAGCCAUCUCCAAUCCCCCUUCUGCAUCCAUCCCUCCUCCAGCACUUGUGCCAACCUCAAGUGCCCCUCCUCAACCCCCACUAUCUCCUGCCUCUCCUUCACUUCAGCCUGUGAAGCAUGUGAGUACUUCCACUGUGGCUACAUCAACUAAUACGACUCCUGUUCAUAUACCUUCCCGGGUUGCCUCCACUGGCACAUCAACUAGUCUACCUCCGGCUCAGCCCCUAACAAGGGCCAUCACUCCAACAAACUUGUCGACCACCACACUGGCUCCUGUCUCACCAUCACCGGUAACUGCCACAAAAACUAAUGCCAAACCACCUACCGUUCAUCCUACAGCAGUGCCUGCUAUCCCAAGGCCUCCACUCUCUCCAUCACCCACAGCUCUUAAUUCACCAAGAGCCACCCCAGUUCAGCCACCUAAACAAACAAGAACCUUACCCAACACUAGGCCUCAGUCAUCAAGUACCCCUGUAACUGAAACUAAUUCAGAUAAAUCCACACUCCAGAACACUGUAAGAAGCAGCAAGCCGCCAUGCCAGCCAACCCCUCCACAAACAAGACUGAUGACAGCAGGGUCUAUUGUGGAUCAGGCCAUCUUCUUGUGUGAAUGGAGGGGAUGUAUGCGGAGCUUCAAGUCUGCGAACGAGGUCUACAUGCAUGCUUGUGAAGCACACUGCCCAUUGGGCAGUGAAGAAAUUCAGUGUCUGUGGGAACGCUGUGAUGCCAUGAAGCGAAAGCGCUUUUCUCUCAUGACACAUCUUUAUGAUCGACAUUGCAAUGCUGAUGUUCUUCGUAUGAUGGCAGUACGUCGUCGGCAACUUUCUCAGAGUGGGAGGAGCGAGAUUCCCCCACCCCAACCUCCACCCCCACAUCCUGGAUAUGCCCCAAAUGCAGCCUUCCAUGCUAUUAAAAGGCAUGCACUUGAAUUUGUUAACCCCAAGGAGAUGAUGACCGUGCUGCAGAGGCCCACUAAACCAGGGCCACCUGCGACUAUUCCAGCUCGGACUGGCCCAAGCCCGCCCGAGCAGGAACAAGGAAGAAAGGAUGACAAUGAGGGUCCAGUUACAAAGAGCAUCCGACUUACAUCUUCACUUAUUCUUCGUAACCUAGUCAUCUAUUCUACAAAUGGAAAAAGAUUUCUGCGAAGCUAUGAGCCCCAUUUGGCUAGUGUUGCAUUAAGCAAUGUGGAGUCAUCACGAACAAUUGCACAAGUACUGUAUGACAUGAACCAACAGACGAGUCAGAGAUGACCCAGUUAGGUUUAGCAAAACCGAUGAACGGACAGUAGUGAUGGUCUCAUUGAACUAUGUCUCGAAGUGUAGUGCGUGUGCCAGUGUCAGUGUCGUGAAGGAAAGUGGGUGUGGCAGUAGGAAUGGCACAGUCCACCAAGUUAUCGAUCUGGUGUGCAUCGCUCUUAUCGUUGUAUAUUUAUUUUCGCAGUGCCCCAGUCUCUUGUAGCAAAUAUGAGCUAUUGAAAAUGUACAAAUCUUAACUAAUUGCUGUAAUGAAGAUUUUUAAAGGAGAAGCAGGCUUAUACGUUUGUUGGUAUUGGACAACUUUUUAUGAAACAAAUAAUUUAUACAACUAAGCUUUGAAAACUUCUGUCAGAAUGCAGGUGUAAAGAAUAACUGUCUCUCUCAGCAGUGUUGUAAAUCAUGUUUGUCUUUUCUUCUGACCCACACUUAACUCUGGGUUGGAGCAACAUGCUUUUACAUAUUUUAAUGACUUCUUAAACGUUGAAAGUUUUUUUACGUGACUUGUGUUGCAUUACCCAUGGAGAUAAAUGUGCAAUUCUUUUUUCUAAUAUUUAUUGGCAAGAAAAUUAUGUAUGUGCAAACAUUGUAUAUAGUUUCCCAUCACAUGGGCAAUUCCUAUUAGAGCAACAUUGAAUGUGGAACCUGUCUGUUUUGGAAAUAGUAAUGUGUCAUAGAAUAACUAGCAUUUUUUUGUGUAUAGAACACCAGAGGAAAAAGAAUGUGCACAUCCAUUUUAGUGAACAGUAUGAUUAUUGUUAUCCUGUUUCAACUUAAAUUUGUCCACCUGGACCUUGAGAACAAUGGUAGCUCCUUGACAACUGACUGAAAAUUGGCCCAAUUAUGAUUGGUCUUCAGUAAUUUUAUAUCAGUAUUACAAAAGGAAAACAUAGGAGUUGGAAGAUGGCAAGAUCAUUCUUACUUUUUAAUCAGGAGGAAUAAAAUCUUUACUUUUGUUUCUACAUUCAUUUAUCGUAUUAGAUGCGUUGAACUUUUUUAGACUCUUGAAGUCUCUGCAGUUGUUUUGAAAUCAGAAAGUAAUUCAUUCCAUGGCACAAGCUGCACCUUCCUCCUGUUCAAGUUUCAUUUGACAAGGCGAGAAACAGAUCUGUGCUGCACCUAGUGAAAGGAAUGCAAACAAAUCCAGCCACGUGUACCAUGCUGGUUUUCAUUGGUACUGUAUUCAUGGUCUAUUUUCAUGUUUUUUUUGUCAUUCUUUUGUAUGAAAAAAGUAGAUACAUUUAGGAAGCACUGUACAAUGUUCACAAAAAAUCUUUCAGAAAUAAAUAAUUGCAUUUA